AUGUCACCGGCGCUUAUGUUUGCAUCCGCCCUCUUCAAGGGUCCACCUCUUGACGAUAACCUGACUUUCGUUCCCGAUGCUUUUAUAACAGGAGACUCAAAUAACUCUUGUUUCGGUGAGGAAGACGUUGAUACCGUUGAUCUUACGCAACGUAACGAUGAAGACUCCAAGCUGCCUCCUCUCCCCCCUCUAUGA